GUGGCCUUGAUGCUCACUAGUCCUCGGCCUCCCUCUUUCCGCUUAGCGUACAGUCUCAGGGUGCUGGAUAAAUAUAUGCUGCUUGGAUUUAUUGUUAGGUAUGCUAAACAUCCAUUGAUGAUCAAAGUGCCAUGAAUAUAUUGUAACAUACAGUCAUCCAGCAGUUGAUCAUAGUCAGUCAGAAUAGAACAACUGACAGAACCCCCACAGUACAAUGGGCCGACUGAAAUCUGAGGCUACAGAAUGACCAACGUUACAUAAAAUCACACUCACUAAUGUUUUGUGUGUGUCUCCUCCCCCAGGCCAAGGGUCAUGGGAAGUGGCCAGUGAAAUGGUAUGCUCCUGAGUGUAUAAACUACUUCAAAUUCUCAUCCAAAAGUGAUGUGUGGAGCUUUGGGGUACUCAUGUGGGAGGCCUUCUCCUUUGGCCAGAAACCAUACAAGGGAAUGAAAGGAAAUGAUGUCAUGCAGAUGAUUGAAGGUGGAAGACGUAUGGACGCCCCAGUGAACUGUCCAGAAGAGAUGUAUGACCUCAUGAGGACCUGCUGGACAUACAAGGCAGAUGAAAGGCCUGGAUUUAAUGUUGUUGAGCCAAGACUACGAGAGUAUUAUUAUGACAUUGCACAGUAAUUCCUCACAUGGAUGUUAUGAGUCUAUGCAAACUAUAAAAAAACUGCAUCAUAUCCUGUAUGAAUGACUGGAGAUGGUUAUGCUGUUGUAAAAUACUGACUUCAACUCAAGAAUUUAUGUAGAUUUUUAAACAUUGACCAUAAUUAUGCAAAUGUAAUGUUUUUUUUUUUAUUACUUAUUUUGUUCCUUCCUGAAUGUAAACAAUAUGAACAUUGUAACAAACAGAUACAAGUCCAGCUUAUUCUAUUACAGACAUGUUACAGAUACAUUAAUUUGUUAGAUGUGUUUCAUACUGUAAGUGCAUUAUAUGUAUUCUAGCUUUACCCUUUGAUCCUUGAAUGAAGAUCUGAUAUCAGUGUAAUGGAGAGAUAGGACUGUCCUCAGUCUCUGUAAUCACAUAUGAAUAAAUUCCAUCACUGGUAAAUGGUAAA